GAGGCACAGAUUAAAUUAAAUAACUGUGGAGUGUGGAUGAGGUUUAUAAUGUCCCGUCCGAUCCGACCACGAUUUAAGACAGAUUUUGAAUUUCUAUCCACUAUUUUCCAUAGUGUAAUAGUGGCAUAGAAGUCUGAUUUAAGAUCUCCGAGUCCCGACAGUCGGACUGCAUUAUCACGGAAAACAAUUCAACAAUGCUGAAGAGCACUACAUCAGUAAACAAAAUGAACAGUUUUAAAAUCAAUAUAAAUCUACAAAAGGUCAUUUAAUAAUUUAUAAAUUACUAUAUUUUAAUUUUUACAAGACAUACCUACCUAUUUUGGAUAUUCAAUUUUGGAAGAUAAUAGAAAUCUAUUAUUAUAAUGUUUUACAAUAUUUAUAACUUAAUAAAUGAAUAAAAAAUAUCCAGAUAAACUAUUUUGUGAUUGUAAUUGAAUUUAAUAUAAAAGUUGAUUUUAAAAUGAAUCAACCUGAACAAAAUGAACGUUUUGAAUCAAUAAGAUAUCAAUUGGAUGCUCUUGGAUAUCGACAAUAUAUGCCACUCGAUUCUAUUGGUCUUGUUAGUCAGCUAAUUGGAGACUUAUUACAUACAACCAACAGUUUAAAACAGUACAAAAAUAUAGCUCAAAACACACUUGAGGUUGCUCGAAAUUUAGAAGCAAAAUCAGCACCGUAUUUACGAGAUAAUUGUUCACUUAUUCAAGAGCAUAACGAAUUGCAAUCAAAAUUAAAGAAAGAACUUGAAUAUGUUAAGAUACUUGAAAAUAAAAUUGGUAUCUUGGAAAGUGAAAAAAAAGAAUGGAAACAAGAAAAUGAAAAACUUAAUAAAAAAGUUGAACAUUUGGAAGAUGAAGCAAUUAUAAAAAAUGCAAAACUUUUAGAGUUGGGAAAUCUUUUUCUGAUACCACAACUUGAAACUAAAAGUAAAGAAUUUAAGUCGCUUAGGCCUUUAAUACAAAUUGAUCACUCAGAUAAUUAUAAAAAUGGAGAAGAAAAUAAAGAAACUAUACAUAAGGAAAAUGAUAUUUUAAAGAAAAGAGUAAAAGAAUUAUAUAGAGAAACUGUACACUUAAAAAAAAAUAUCAAGCAUACAAAAUGUCAGUCCAGUAAAUAUUCACCUAAACAACAAAGUCAAAUGAUAAAAAAUGAUGCAGAAUCUGAUACUUUUAUCGAUAUGAGAGCUGAUAACGAAGUACUUCGAAGACAAUUGGAUGAGGUAUUGGCAAAUCAUAGUGAAGCAAUGUUUCAUUUAACCAGAGUAACUGAAGAAAAAAAAUCUCUUCAACGUUCCCUUAAUGAGUAUAUCAACAACCAUUGUAAUUGUGAUAAGGACAUGAGUGUUAUAUUGGAAAACAAUACGCGUUUGUUAGAACUAAAAACAAAAAAUCAGUCUCUGGAAUCUGAAAUAUGUGAUUAUGAAAAUAAACUUAAAAAGGCUCUGAAUGAUCAAAAACAGCUUUUAGAAAAAAUAAACUUCUCCAAAAAUAUAGAAACUGAGUUAAUGUCAGAAAUAGAAAAAAUAUCUGAGGAAAAGCAUUUACAGUUACAAAAAAUAUCACAGCUUGAACAAAAUAUACAAAAAUCAAAAUCAGAAAAAAAUUACAAAACUAAGUCAUGGCAAGAAAAUAAAUGUUGUACAUGUUCCAAUGUGUCUGUAGAUGAACUCAAACGAACCUUUGAUGCAGAACGAAGAGAUUAUGAGAGAAAAUUAGAAAAAUUAAUGAAAUCUCAACUUGAUCCAUUAAGACAUGAAAAGAGGUCAAGUGAUUUAGAAAUAGCAGUGAGUAAACUACGAGCAGAACGAGAUGAAUACUUAUAUGAAAUCAACUGCUUAAAGAAACAACACAAUGCAGAAAUUUUAGAUUUUAAAAGAAAAAUAGAAGAAAUGAAAAGAGAAGUGUAUGAACGAUCAGACAGACAAAACAUUUUAAAGCUCAAAAGAGACAAAGACGAGUUAGCUGAAGAAAUAAUUGGUUUAAAAAAAGAAGUUGAAUUCUUAAAUUCUCAACUUAGGAAAACUAGAGAAUCUGUAAAAAAUAAUGAAUACAAUGAAAGGGAAUAUGUUAAACAAUUGGAAGAUGAAAAACACCAGUUAAUUGAAAAACAACGUUCACUUACUUGGGAAAGUGCCAAUAAACAACGAGAAUCAGAGAAAUAUCAUAGAGAAAUUUCUCAUUUAAAAGCAGAGUUAAAAAGACUUACUGCCAUGAUGGAUGAUCAAAAAUGUUGUCAAGAUCGUCUUGAACGGACUCUGCAAUCCACACAGUUUGCUCAAAGUGCUACUGAAGAACAAUUAGAACGUGCACAGGUUCGAAUAGAAGAAUUAAAACUCAUAAACAAUAAACUUAAUGAUCAAUUAAUUGAUGAACAACAAGAACGACAUAAAUCUCACAAUAACACAAUGGCUAUUGACCAUCAACGUGAUACUCUAACGAAUGAAUUGGAAAAAAAAACCAAGCGUAUUCUCCAUCUAGAUUCAUUAGUUACUGAUAAAGAAAAACAAAUUCAAAUGUUACAUUCAAAACUAACGGAUGCUGCUAAAAAAAUUGGUAACGCUUUAAGUUCACAAUCAGAAACUGAAAAGAUGUGUGAUAGUUUAAAACUAGAACUUUCUAAUAUUAAAGCAGAGUAUAAAUUAAUUGAAAGUAACUCUGGUAGCCAGCAAAAAGAAAAGAAGAGACUUCAAAAUGAUUUAGAUAUGGUAGUUCAAGAUAAUAAAGUCUUGCGUGCCGAAUUAGAAGCAUCUAAAAAACAAGCUGAAGAUUUAAAAAUGCAGUUACAAGUAUACGUAUUAGAAAUAAGACGAGUGGAAGAGAUACUUGAAGUGAAAGAAUCUGAAAGGGAUGAAAUAUUAGAACAAUUUAAAACAUUAAAUUGUGAGGCCACUCAGUUAGAAAGUAAUAACUACAGCCUCGAAAGUGAAGCCAAAUCUACCAAAACCCUUCUCAGAGAAAAGGAACAUAGAAUGUCUGAUUUGGAACGUAAACUUGUGGACAAAGAAGAUCUUAUAUCCAGUUAUGAAUCACAAAUAUCUAACCUGACUCAUCAAAUAGUAUCAUUAGAAUCUCAAUUGUCUUCUGGAAACGACCGCAUUUCUAAAUUGGAACAAGACUUACAGGCUUGCAGAGAAAUAUGUUCAAGUGUAGAUUCAGCUAAGUUUAAUUUGAAUGAACGUUUAGGCCAUGUUGAAAAUUUACAGCACAAAGCUGAAGAAGAACGUUUACGACUAGCAGAUGAACUAACUAUGGUGAACACACAGCUAGAAAGAGAACGGUCAAAAAUAACCACAAUAGAAGCAGUAUUGAGUGAUUCUAGGCAAGAAUGUAUGAAAUUAACCAUUUCCAAAAAUGAUUUAAAAGAAAGGCUAGAAGAUAGUGAACAAAAAUCAAAAAAUCUUGGAGAAUAUUUGGAAAGAACAAAAAACGAAUUGGUCAUGUGUCGCUCUACAAUAACAGGUUUUGAAAAAGAAAUAAGCUCAUUAAAAAGACAGCUUAAUGAUGUAAAAUUUGAAAAAGCAAAGUUAGAACAAGCUAGAAGGGAGUAUCACAGCACAACAUUAUGAUAAUACCUAUAUAACAAUAAAUAAUUUAAUUAUUUUGAUACACAAUUUACUUUUACACUUUAUAUUUUUAUUUUAAAUGUUGUAAAUGUUUAAUAGUAUAAUAUUAUUUAUUUUAUUUCUCAUUAUUAUAAGGACUGUAAACUCUAAUAAACCACACUUAAACAAAAAAAAAAAUUGUUUGAAUUU